AUGAUUGACAGAAUCAUAUCACAAGACGGUAUCUUCUAUCGAUCAGAGCAACGUGACACUCCCGAUUUAACAACACAAGAAAAAAGGGAAUUGUUGGAAAAUUUGUUUGUGGAAAACUCACACCUGUUUAUGAGACGUUAUCACAGAUAUUUAAUGGUGGAAGAUUGCGAUUGUUUUGAUCAGAAUGAUUAUGAAAUUCAGUUUUAUGUGAAAGCAAUCAUAGAAAGGUGUAAAGAUAUGGAUGCCAAAAAGCGAAAAAAUGUAAAACUUCGAAAUCAACGCUAUGCAGAAUUACUGCGGUUAAAGAGGGAAACAGAUUAUUUUUCGAAUAAGAAAAUGCGAGAACGCGAGCCACUGCUUUUUGACAAAAUGAUUGGCAGAUUUUUACCAGAAGAAGAGCAAAUCUAUCUUAGACCAACUAUUGAAAAUGAGUCUCUUUCUGGUGUUUUUAUGCAAUUUGAAGAUUCCCAAAUCAUUUCCAAUCGACGAACUGCUCAUCUAAAUGAUUGGAAUGACUUUUUAAAGGACGAUAGGAAGAAUGUUUCGAAAUUUGGUGACUUAGUACAACAUGCUAGGAGUCGAUUUUGUGAAGGGAUGGAGAGCGAUAAUGAUGAAAUGAAGUCCGACAACAGCUAUGACGAAAUUGGUAAUCCUAAACCAACUUCCAGCCGUAAGAUGGAAGAAGAUAUUACUUCGGAAUCAGAUGAAGAGCACGAUCAAGAACAACUCAGAGCAGACUUCAUCGACCACAUGGAACAACGGUUUUUAAGAGGUGAUGAUACAGAAUUUUUUGACUAUUCUCUUAUUGACAACGUUAUGACAAAGGAAUAUGAACAGAUGUACGAUCGAGAUUUAGAAGAUUCAUAUUUCGAAAAUGAUUAG